GGGGGAGGGGGCUGGGGGCGCGGCUGAGGCGGCUGUUGCUGUUGCGGGCGCUGCGCCUGUGGCGAAGGAGACCCCGCCGGAGGAGGAGGAGGAGGAGGAGGUAUUCUGCGAAGGCUUCGUCUGGAGCCGCGUCCACCCGAACUCCUUUCUCGGCAUAGCCAUGAUAAGCCCAGGAUGAAGCUGGAGGCCGUUGUGGAACAGCUGCAGAAGCAGCAGCAGCAGCAACAGCAAGUGGCCCCUCUCCCGAUGGAGUCCAGAGACCGGCCCCAGCGGCAGAUGAGAGACCCACCCCUCCAGUUCCCUCAACAGAUGACGGUCCAGCAAACUGGCAUGGCUGCCACCUCCGGCAAAGUUUCCGGUGGGCCCAUCCUUGGCCCAUCCGCUAGAAUGCCCCCCGUCCUGGCGGCUUCUCGAACAUUUGACCAGAGUGCUCUGAACUCGGAGGAAGAAGAGGAGGAGGAAGAGGAAGAAGAGGAAGAAGAAGAAGGGGAGGAAGAUUCAGAAGACGGCGACCUGGAGGGCAACACUCCCAGAACUGGCCAGGAUGCGCGAUCGGCUCUCAAAUACUUUCACGCUUCCAAAGCGGUUUCCCACAACCAAAGAGUGACUCCUUCCUCUAAGCCUCUCCCAGUUCUGGGGGCCCAGCGGCAUCUCCAGGGAAAGGACCAAGCAGGGAAAGAAACCCCCAACUUGCUCUAUUCCGGCUCUUCCGCUGGGAGACCGAUGUGGAGGCUGGAGGAGCAGCACAAGCAGAACGGGAACCUAACUUGGAGCGAAGAAGCCGACAGUAGCAGAGGGAGAGAGGUGUCCCGCGACUUUGCCAAGUUGUAUGAAUUGGAUAGUGACCCCGAACGGAAGAAAUUCCUGGACGAUCUCUUCAUUUUUAUGCACAAGAGGGGGACACCCAUCAACCGCAUCCCGAUCAUGGCCAAGCAGAUCCUGGACCUCUACAUGCUCUACAAGCUGGUGACCGAGAAAGGAGGCUUGGUGGAGAUCAUCAACAAGAAAAUCUGGAGGGAGAUCACCAAAGGCCUUAACCUCCCCACCUCCAUCACCAGUGCAGCAUUUACACUUCGCACCCAGUAUAUGAAGUACCUCUAUGCCUACGAAUGUGAGAAGAAGUCCUUAAGCUCGCCUGCUGAGCUGCAGGCCGCCAUCGACGGCAACAGGAGGGAAGGCCGGCGGCCCAGUUACAGCUCCCCCUUAUUCGGCUUCUCCCCCGCGACCCCGGGACCGCCUUCGCUCCUGUGUCCCCCCAAGAUCCGCUUCCCCCUUGUUAGCCUCACUCCCAGCAGCACAACUAGCAACCCUCACCUGUCUUCAGCGGGCCCUCUCAGGAAAGGCGACGGCCUGACUUUGACCACCUCCGCGCCAAAUCGUCUCGCCAUGCCUGUGAGCUUGGCCAACCAGCAGGCCACGGUAGCCGUGGCGGCGGCCACCAGAACGGCCACCUUGGAACAGUUGAAGGAACGGCUGGAAUCCGGAGAACCGGCGGAGAAGAUGGCCCGGAUGACGGAGGAAGAACAGCGCUUUGUCCAGCAGGCUUUUCAGAGGAACCUCUUCAGCAUGGCCCGACAGCUGCCCAUGAAGAUUAAGAUCAACGGCCGAGAAGAUAAGUCAGAUCCAGCAGCCGCAGCAGCUUUAAACUGGACUCCUUCUGGCUUCGGCAGCAUCAACAUGUCAGUGGAAAUCAACGGCACAAUCUAUGCUGGCGUCCUCUUUGCUCAAAAGCCCGUCGUCCACCUCCUUGCCGGCUCCAAUGCCCAGAGCACCAGCGGCGGGGCAAGCAGCAGCUCUCCCAGCCCCACCUCCUCCAGAGGCACCCCCAGCGCCGAGCCCUCCACCAGCUGGUCUCUCUGAGGGUCCCGGCGGGCUCGCUCUCCAGCCUCGAGCGGCUCCCCUGUCCCCAGGAGAAAUCCCGUCCCUCCCCCUCCCCAUCGACCUGGUCCCAAGGAGCACCUCCUGCCCCCCAGGCCAGCCGUGGAGAGGAGCCGCCGUCUCUGUGCUGGCGAGUUUCCCAUCCGGAUGGACCUCGCUGGCUUUUUAAGCCUUUUUUUUCAGGUCUUGCUGUGUCCUCAGUGAAGAUUGGGGGUGGGUAGGGAGGGGAAGGGAAGGGAAAGGGAGGGGAAGGGGACACGAGGCGUGUUUCAAUCAGGGAUUCUCCAGAGAGGCUAAGCGGUUUUUGUAGAUGACUGAGCAUUGCCAGGGUUAGGGCGGCAAAAGGCCCUGACAAAAAUACCUGUUCUUCUUUUCAACCAUGGAAGCCUAAAGGGGACACUUUCGUGCUCUUUUCUCUUUCUUUCUUUCUCUCUCUCCUCCCUUUUCUCCCUUUCCAAAUACGACUGCCGUUUAUUGACAAUCCUCCCCUCACCCCCACCCCUCACCCCAAGGCAGGAGAAAAAUGUCUCAAUUCCCUUCUUAAUGAUCCUUGCUUGGCAUCCUUAUCACGGCCCUCUUCCCCUUUUAUCCUUCCAUCUCUCAGACUCCCUGCCAUUCCCUUUCAGCACAACCAGUUCCUUCGGACGGGACCUUCAUUUGCAGCAAUUAAAUCGUAGCUAGCUUCUUCUGUUUUUUUAAGAAGAAGAAAAACUGAGAUGUAAACAGCAGAAAGAGCUCGGCAGCCUAUUUCCGGCACCGCCUCCGGUCUUACCUGCAGUCAAAGGUCUCGCACUCCAGCCAGAGGCUCUUCUUGGGUUUCUUCGCUUCGUCCUUCCUGUUUUCGGACCUGAGCGGAGGAAUAAACGGGAAGGAAAAUCCCGCCGAUCGAAAAACAGCAGCAAAGGCAGAAGUAGAGUUUGGAGGGGUCAACAACUGGGGUUUGCCUUGAGCGAAAGAGGUGGGUGCAUAGGUAGCAUCAGUCUCAAUGGCUCCCUUUGCAGAAUCCCAUGUAGGACCCCGGCCCAUUUUCUCAAAUGAAAAGAGAACGGGCUGUUUUCUGAGCCUUUCUGGUGAUGUAUCCCAGCUCUGCAGCCUGUGACGUUCUCCUGAACCCAGGAUGUGCUGAAAACUAGGUUCUGUUUUUGCUUUCCCCACCCCCACCCCCGCCAAUGCAAUCAUUUCCCCUCAAAUCCAACUUCCCUCAAACCCAACUGAGAUCAUCUUGGUUGGUUGUUUCCCUCAAAACCCAACUGAGAUCAUCUUGGUUGUUUCCCUCAAACCCAACUGAGAUCAUCUUGGUUUCUCUGUUGGUGGUUGUUUCCCUCAAACCCAACUAAGAUCAUCUUGGUUGGUUGUUUCCUUCAAACCCAACUAAGAUCAUCUUGUUCAGUUGUUUCCCUCAAACCCAACUAAGAUCAUCUUGGUUGGUUGUUUCCCUCAAACCCAACUGAAAUCACCUUGGUUUCUCCGUUGGUUGUUUCCCUCAAACCCAACUAAGAUCAUCUUGUUCAGUUAUUUCCCUCAAACCCAACUGAGAUCAUCUUAAUUUCUCGGUUGGUUGUUUCCCUCAAACCCAACUAAGAUCAUCUUUGGUUUCUCGGUCCGUUGUUUUUAAACCUAGCCGCUUUCCGCUCACCUGAGCAGCAUUUCACCUUAAGGGAAAAUGCCCCAUCCUGGUCAUACUCAGUCAUCCUACAGAACUGCGACAGCUUCUCUCGAGCAGAUGAAAUACCUCAAAAAAAAAUGUACUUAUUGCUGUGUUGUUGGGUGGGUUGGGUUUAUUUUUUUUCCUGUUUGUUUUGUUUUUCCACCUCUUCUGGAAGGAUUUGCGUAUGUUAAAAGCUUCUUUUUAUAUGU